GGGAGGAUUGUAGAGAGUCGUAUUUGGAUCAGCAUGCGAAGGAGUCACAACACUCAAGGCUGGAGCUGGAACGUGGGCCUAGUGGUGUAUUUUGAGCAGUAUAGACUUGAUGGGACAAAAGACCUCUUCUGUAUGAUUCUGUGACUGAGCGAACAAUUACCUAAAAAUGCAAAGAACUGCAGAUGUUGUAAUUCAGAAACAGGAACAACAUUUGCUGGAAAAGCUCAGCAGGUCUGGCAACCUCUGUGGAGAGAAGACAGGGUUAACGUUUGAGCUGGAGUGACCCUCCCUCAGAAGAAUGAUCUUUUCAUCUCAGUGCUGAGCACCCUUCCCCUGGUCUUUGGAGUCGUAGAACUGAUUGGAACCUCCAUGUGAGUUACUGGCCUGUGGGGUGGGCUGUGUAUACCCAGGGGGAGCAAAUACCCCACCCAUGAGCUCCUGGGAAGGAGAUGCUGGCGCAGUGAGGUGCGGUUUGGAGACAGGGAAACGUGCAAGUUUGGUGCCUGUGGAAGUCUGAGAUGCCGAUGGCUGAUGUUUACAAUUUAUAAUCGGCUGCUUUGCAGCAGGAGAUCUGAGAUGCCUCAGUCUGGAUGAGGUGUGUAUGAGAGAGAGAGAGACUUUUCCUCUGCUUUCUGUUGUGUUCGGGGCUCCACCAUGGCAACAGCCUCAUCCCAGUCAUGGUUAGACGAGGAGUUGACCUGCUCCAUUUGUCUGCAGGUCUACACCGACCCAGUGACCCUGGCGUGCCAGCACAGUUACUGCCGAGCCUGCAUUGAGGAGUGCUCUCCCCAGAGCUGCCCCGAGUGCCGGGCCGAGGUGCCCGGCUUUAGGAGGCUCCGCUUGGCCAAGGGAGCUGGGGAUUACCUGGCCGUGGCCCCGGCCGCAGCAGCAGCUUCAGCAGCGGCGGCUCCGAACAGCGUCCUGUGCAGCUACUGCAGCCGCAGCCGGCGUCAGGCUGUGAAAACCUGCCUGAAGUGUGAAGCCUCCAUGUGCCCCAUUCACCUAAAACUGCACACUGCCAACGGGGUCUUCCAAACCCACCCCCUCGUGGAUACAGCGGCUGAUCUGUCCGUCUGGAGAUGCGCUGAACACGAGAAGCUCCUGGAUAUUUACUGUAAGGAGGACAAGGUGUGUGUGUGCACCCUCUGUACCCUGAUCGGCAAACACAAGGGCCACAACUUUGGCAGCAUCAGCGAGGGCGAGCAGGAGCUCAGGGAUAACUUAGAGCAUCAUCUGACGAGCAUCCGGAGAAAUGUCGCUUCCAUCCAGUCUUCCCUCCAGGACCUUCACACACAGAAGCUGACCACUCAGAGUCUGAUAACAGAAACAAAGAGAGAAGUGAAGGAGAAGUAUGAUGCAUUGAGGAAACACAUUGAAAAUGAAGAGCGGGAUGUUUUCCACUGUCUGGAUAAGGAGCAGAGCCGUGUGACAGCUGCUAUCGACAGCCACAUCCGAAAGCUGGAAAAGGAAAUUAAAUUCUUUGAGAUGUGCCUGGUUAAUCUCACUGACCUUUCACAGAAGAGGGAGAAGCUUGCAUUUAUACAAGGAUUCAAUACAAUGGUAACCAGGAUAAAGAAUGCAUCUGAGCAGUUAACAUCCUCUCAACCUGGGCCUUGCCUGGAUAAAAUAAAACUGGAUAGAAUAAAGAACCAUACGCAGAAAAACUUGGAGCUGGUUUCCCAGGUGAAGAGGGACCGAGAUCGGUUAAUUUCUCUGUAUGGACAGAGACUGACCCCGGAUCUCAAUACAGCCCAUGCCCAGUUCAUCCUAUCUGAUGGAAACAGGAUUCUGACUCUCUCACCCAAGAGGCAGUCCCUACCCAAGAAUGCCGAGAGGUUUGACUGCUGCCAGCAGUUGCUGUGUGCUGAGGGAGUGAAAGCUGGCCGUUCCUACUGGGAGGUGGAGGUGCUAGGAGACAGUGGUGUGUGGAAAAUUGGCCUCUGUUACAGGAGCAUCAGCCGCAAAGGCAAAGGAACAGAGUGUUUACUGGGGAGGAACCGCAAUUCCUGGUGUCUCUACUCGUUGGUGGGCUCUGUUUUAGCCCUUCACGAUGACAAUGAUACAAAGCUGACUGUGGGAAACAUUUCCAGGGUGGGAGUGUAUGUGGAUUUUGAGGCUGGGACCAUCUUGUUUUACAGUGUCUGUGACAGGAAACUCACCCUGGUACACACCUUCCAAGAGCAAACCUUCACCGAGGCUCUCUACCCUGCCCUGCAGAUUGGUGACUUCACCACAUCGCUCUCUCUAUGUACGCUCAAAUAAUUUCCAAGCUGAAAUUGGUACCACACAUUCAGGAGGCCAUCCAGAUUGAGCCGGCUCUCUGAAAGUGCCAUCCCAUUAAACCCACCUGUUUCUUUUAACCAAUAGCCCGGCUAUUUUACCCAUCACGUAUUUAUCAAAGUUUUUAUUGGACCUGGGAAUUUCUAUCUUAAACCCCUCCUUUACUUUCCUCGUAUAAUGUACUUCCCAAUUAAACAGCUUCAAUGAGAGCUGUGGGUACAUUAUUCCUUUCAACUUAGUGUCCUUCAAGCUGAGUAUCUCUUAUGACAGUUCUGAGGAAGAGUCACUGGAUCCACAAUGUUAACUCUGAUUUCUCUCCACAGAUGCUGCCAGACCUGCUGAGCUUUUCCAGCAAUUUGUUUUUGUCCUUAAUGACAGGGCAAGUUGAGUUUGCAAGGGUGGCCGUUUGCAGGACUAACAGAGGAUGGGCCCAGGCUGUGAUUGAGGAUGACAUGAUGAUAAAGGAUGUGGCUUUUGAAAAGAGCCUUACAAGGUCAUUGCGACGCUCUGCUGCCCUGUGCUCUAGUUCUUGGGUUUAUGGGGUUCCCAGAUAUCUUGGUGCACCCUCUGGGGGUAUUAGGAUUGCAUUCCGCAACGUCUUUCCCAUCCUAGUUCUUUCUUCAGUCAGUGAAAUAUCCAUGGAUAGACUGGAGAGUCUAGGGUCACUUUUUGCUGCUUCAGCCGGUUCCCACUUUUUCAACACGUCUGGAAUUGAUCGUCACUCAGAUAUUGUGGUUCUUGGCUUCCAGAAUGUCACAGCUCCACUUUCAAGAACUACAGAAACAAUUCAGCAUCCUUCUAUGAGCAGCACUGUCUCACCUACCAAUUAGAAACCGCUGAGGAAAAAGUGGUAGGUUUCUGGAGUCAUGGUGAGCCUGGACAGAGGACAUGCUAACCUACCAAUCAAAGGGAAGCCCAGUCCUGUCAGCGCCCACAUUCCAAAUCCAUAUUCCUACAGUUCCCUCGGAGUUUUGAUUUCCUAUCUCUGGUUGACCACCCUACCCCAUUUAAUAUUUUGACCAUUUUGCUUUGAUUAUGACAAGUGCCACUCAGCUUUCUGUUCUGUAUUCCUGUUGUGGUUUACCUUAGUUCCAAAAUUGGUUACUGUUUGCUGCUGAUCUUGUGCUGGAGUCUGCAAAAUCCAAAAAUCGUGUUGAUACUUUCUGCAAUCUCUUGGUGCCUGUGGAACAGUUUGUUUAGCAAUUCCUUGGAUUCCGGUGUUGGUGCCUGUUACCUGUUUAUUCUGUGGUAGAAUGACCUGAAUGCCAACGUUAAUCUGGGGUAUUGUUGCUAAUGGACAAAGAAGCUGCUAAAAUGUUAAACAUUUUGCAAUGUUGAAACAUAAAGCAUCUGUUGUAUUUAGAAGCUUGUUUGUCAACAUAUUUUGAAAGACUUGCAUUCAUGUCAGCCCUCAGGACAUCUCAAUAUA